UUCUCAAAAGUUUCAGCAUGAUCAGCGGUAGAGAUCUUUCAGAGAGAAAAAUGUAACAGUACGCAAAAGCACACUUUAAUAUUCCAAAGUUAAGACCUUCAAAAUUCGCCGUCAACUUCAACUUCAACUUCUGGACAAGUCUCUAUUCGUUUUGCACAGAGAGACAGACACAGUCAAAGAAAGCAACAGAGAGAGAGAAAGAUGGGUGCAACUCAAGCUUUGAAGAGAAUCCCACGUAUCAAGUUUCCUCAAAGGCAUCCCAAAUCCUCUGGAGAUUCUGCAUCACAGGUUCAAGCAACUUCUACAGCUGGUGCUUCUGACCUAACUUUCUUCUUUACUUCAAAAGCCUCAACAACUGUGGGAGGGAAAGCUUCUCUUCAGCCAAAACGAACACCAAUGACCAAUGAGGAGAUGGAAGCUAUAAUGUUGGGUGGCUGCUUUUGAUCUCAUACUGGAGCUUCUGAGAAGGGAUGGCAUGGCAUCGGACAUUUUCUUAACCCUUCUUUAGUUUCUGAAAUACUCAAAGUUCACUUUCUACAAACAUUGUUGUAUUGUAAUGGUUUUGAAUGGAACAAUUUCUUAAUGACAAUUACAAAGGCAGAGAAUACAUAAACGGCUAUGAAUAUGGAAGACAUACUUGAGAUACUCUCUUUGGUUUUAUUUUAUUGACAUUGAUAAUGAAAGAAAGUGUUUAAACAUGAAGUUCUGCCGCCUAAGUUGUCAUAAAAACUAAACAUAUGGCAUAUAAGUCAACAUGCAUUCAACAGAUAAUGAAAGGAGUCAUUUGGAAUCUUCUUUCUCAAGCAGAGGUUCAAGGAUGCAAGACUUUGGGUUCUUCAUUGGAGGGCCCUUCUCCCUGCGUUCCAGCUCAUCCAAUUGAAAGGUAAUCAAUCUGUCCCAGUUUCCUCCCUCAAAAAGAACCCCAGCCUUUCCAUCUGUGAUUCUCUGAACAAUGCCACAGUACAUAUGAUAUGGGUUAUUUGGGUUCUUAACAAUGGCAAUCAUACCAGGCAUCAAUAGUGGCAGUUCUGGCGGUUUUGGCUUCCUUGAUCCAAUAAUUUCUCCUAAGUUUCCUGAAUCUGUAACUGUUGUUUUCUUUGGAGGUGGGUUCUUCUCAAUGAAUGUUUGCAAACCCUUUUCACCACCAGGAAAUCCACCAGUUAGUCCCAUCAGCUCCUUUUCAAAAGCAUUUUCUGAAACACUGUCAAUUGUUGAUAGUGCCAAACUAUCUGAUUUUUCUUGCUUUGUAUCAGCUGCUGCUGAUUCUUGUUCCUCAAGGUUCCUGUUUAGCUCCUUCUGUAGACCUUCUUCCCCAUUGCAGAGUCCUCUGCCUCCCAUGAUUUCAGAUAGGUCAAAUUUUGCGCAUGUUAUAGAGUGUUGGGUUGGCGGCUUGUUAUGAAUUAGAAAAGACUGUUUUUGAAGAUGCUGGGAGAGGUGGUUUCUCCCAAGGAAAUGGGAUUUCAGAGGAGAGCCUGUUG